GCGGCUGUGGACGCACCGCACGAAGAUUCUGCAGACUCCUCCGAGUGUGUGUCCCGCGCGUAGUCUUGCAGGUGGCUCUGCUGGUGUUUGUUGGCGGGUUCGGUGAAAUCGGUGCUGGUGGCGACGGUGACAGUAGUAGUAGCGCCCCAGAGGCUGGCCGGUGUGUGGUGAUAUAGUUUUGAUCGGGUGACGCGUGAGCGUUCCCGGGGUGCGUGAAAAUGACAGCAACGGGGCCGGCAUCGGGCCGGGAUCCAUCGGCGCCGCAUCGUCACGUCAAGUGAAGCCCCAGAGCCCCGACUGCCAUCAGCCAACAACUCAGCGCCCGAAUCCGAAUCCGAAUCCGAAUCGCUCGUCCCAAUCAACCCAACUCCAAAACUGCUGAAGUGAACGGUGCUGGGUGUGCCGAGUGCAGUGUCGAGAGAGAUAGAGUAGCUCUCCUGUGUGCAGUGUCGGUGGAGUCAGUCAGUGGCGAAAUGAUGCUAGUCCCACCGGAGAUGAUCGCCGUGCAGUCGAAGCUGAUCUACCAGAUGAACAAGUACUGCGCCGACCGGGUGCAGGCGCGGAAGGCGCAGAUCCACAAAACCAUCCAGGAGGUCUGCCGGGUGGUGCAGGACGUGCUGAAGGAGGUGGAGGUGCAGGAGCCGCGCUUCAUCUCGUCGCUGAACGACUACAACGGGCGGUACGACGGGCUGGAGGUCGUGUCGCCGACGGAGUUCGAGAUCAUCAUCUACCUCAACCAGAUGGGCGUCCUGAACUUCGUCGACGACGGCACGCUGCCCGGGUGCGCGGUGCUGAAGCUGAGCGACGGCCGCAAACGCUCGAUGUCGCUGUGGGUGGAGUUCAUCACCGCGUCCGGCUACCUGUCCGCCCGCAAGAUCCGGUCCCGCUUCCAGACGCUCGUCGCCCAAGCCUGUGAUAAGUGCUCGUACCGCGACUCGGUCAAGAUGAUCGCCGACACGACCGAGGUGAAGCUGCGGAUCCGCGAGCGCAUCAUCGUGCAGAUCACGCCCGCCUUCAAGUGUGCCGGCCUCUGGCCCCGGUCCGCCUCCCACUGGCCCCUGCCGCAGAUCCCCUGGCCGCACCCGAACAUCGUGUCCGAGGUGAAGACGGAGGGCUUCGACAUGCUGUCCAAGGAGUGCAUCGCCCUGCAGGGCAAGAACUCGGCGAUGGAGGGCGACGCCUGGGUGCUCAGUUUCACCGAGGCCGAGAACAAGCUGCUGCAAGGUGGCUGCCGGCGACGGUGUCUCAGCAUACUGAAGACGCUGCGGGACCGGCACCUGGACCUGCCGGGCAACCCGGUGACGUCGUACGUGAUGAAGACGCUGCUGCUGUACGAGUGCGAGAAGCACCCGCGCGAGAUGGAGUGGGACGAGAGCUGCAUGGGCGACCGGAUCAACGGUAUCUUCCUGCAGCUCAUCUCGUGCCUGCAGUGCCGCCGGUGCCCGCACUACUUCCUCCCGAACAUGGACCUGUUCAAGGGCAAAUCGCCCGGUGCGCUGGAGAACGCCUCCAAGCAGGUGUGGCGGCUCACGCGGAUCAUGCUCACGAACUCGCGCUGCCUCGAGGAGCUGUAAUGCGAGGAGUGUGUAGAGACUGAACCGGAAGCCGGUCACGAAGGCCACUAGGGGCCGGCCACUGUUACUACGAUUUCCUAUUCCAAAAUCCGCGCACUCGCGGAUAAUGACUCCGGUCAGCCAGCCGGUCAGCCGGCCUGUAAGCUUGAUGCGAACCAGGAGCAAUACCUACCUUACUACGCUCUCUCUCUCUCUGUAACUGCUACUGGGCUACUCUACUACUAUUACUAAAUUAUUCAAACGUGCAAAACAAACAAAACCAUUACUAAUAAUACUAGGAUCUAAGGUCUACGCUAGCGAGCAUCCGGAGCGACUCUAUCGUCCGGCUCGAUGUCGAAAUUAGUGGCCCCUCUAACGUCACGAACGCAUUCAAUGCGAAGAGUGUGAAACAACCAAACGCCCAGGGCAGCUGAGCAGUCUUUCCACUUGAGGUUCGGAGGUUGGUUGAGUGGUUCAGUUGCUGAACUGAACAUUCGCUGCCAGUCCAAGGGCCAAGCCGUACGGCAGGAGCAGGAGCAGCAGCAGCAGCAGCAGAGCAUACACGUAUACGGAGCACUAAUUCGAAACAUACUUCAUAGAACGACGAAUCUAAUCAGGUCGCCCCGCGGUCCCCAAGUCAAGUCGAACCGAGUGAGUGAGUAGUGCUAUUAGUUUUUAGGUAACGUAACUGAUCCAACAGACGCCAAGACUAUAGUAUCCAGCGGCGGAGAGCGAGCGAGAAAUGCAAGCGGAAGAAGAAACAGCUAGCUCUGAAGCGC